AUGGUAGAAACGCGAUCCGCUUCUGUCCCUGCUGUCGUGAUGUCCGACUCCACCUCAACCAUCCAGACCGUUCCCUACGACGACACCAUCGCCGCCACGGCCCCGAUCGCCGUUCGUUCCGCCUCAUACCCUACCCCAGUGGAUUGUACUUCGUGCUCGGAGGAAAGAUCGCACAGCGCAUCGUCCGGUAGUGCUUGGGAUCAGUCGGGGUCCGCGCCGUCGCAACAAAAUGCCAGAUCGCGGCGGAACAGGUUCACUGCCUUACCAGAGGCUGGGGCCUCGACCGUGAGCUUGCGCUCGCUGCGCAAUAGCAUCCCCAGUAUCAUUGUCAAUGAUACCGCCUCCCGUCCUGCAUCCCGCCCAGGAUCCCGUCCUGGUUCGCGGUGGUCGGAGCGCAGAUGGGGCGGUCUGAGAAGUAAGAAGUCGGGCGAAUUCGAUCGUGAUGAAGAUACCCCCCCUGUACCGCCGAUUCAAGCUCCCUUCAAUGGCAUCGCUCUCGAUAUCCCGAAUUCGGCCCUUGAUGGCCUCGGAGCGCAAUCAAUGCGUUUCUCCAAGCGCGGAAGUCUUAUCAAGGAGGAAUCGAAACGCCAAUUACAACAGCAAAUCGAACAAGAGGAAGCAAGACGACGAGAGGCGGGCCAACAGACCCAGGAUGGAGAGGUACCUGAUGACAGAGAACCGGCGUCACCUGAUGUCGCUUCGUCGGAACAAAAUAGCACAGAGCCGGAGACUAUUGAGACGCCAUCGAGGCGGUCAAAGCCCGUCUCGACCCUCCGAGUCAGGCACAGCGCCAUGGCAAGCAGAGCCAUCUCUGCGGACGAAGAUAUGUUGUCGCGACGGGUACGGCUGAUGUAUGAGAAGGGUGAAGAAAAUGUGACAGACUCAGAAGUAGCGAAGUCCAUGGCCAUGGAGAAUGGCAUUUUGUGGGAAGAUACCCCAACCAGUAUGGAGACCUCUCGUCUUUCUGGACCCAGUGUGUCAGUGGAUACCAAAAGUGUGGUGUCGUCUCUCGGUCCAGAGAACGGACCAACGAUCAAAAGAGAGGCCCACGAGCUAGCUGGAGGCAUUGAGUACUGGCAGAAUAUCAAGGCCGGAGACGUCGACCGAUACGGAUUCAUCCGCUCACCGACGUCCAACUCCAACGAGGGCAUUGACCCCAGUCCCAUCCAGCGCGUCUCUACCAGCCUACUUAUGGCUUCUGAGACACCGCGACGGAAACACUCCAUCCGUCCACCCUCCGCCAUUGGAGGGAAUCGUUCCUUUUCUGGCCUCACAGGCCGCUCCCCAACGCGCAAGAUGUCUGAGCCUUCAAUACGGCCAACCUCCUCUCACAGCAUGUAUAGUACAACGAUGAUGCGACGAUCAACCUCGCGGUUUCGUCGGGCCGCCAACCAUCUGCCACACAAUCGCGACCGCCGCGUCAAAGAUGAGGCAAGCGAUAUGCUCACCCACCCGACAGCUCCUCUGAAUCCGGGCGAGAAACAGGACGCAGCUGCCGCCCGCGCGGCGAGAAAGAAAGAGUGGGAGAGAGAAGAUAAAUGGACAAAAAUGGCCCGCCCGAUGCGGAGCGGAGAUGGCGGUGGCAUGACAUUCGAGUUCGACACGACAAGCUCCAAGCUGAUCGAGCGGACAUGGAAAGGCAUCCCUGACCGAUGGCGAGCUACCGCUUGGUACGCCUUUUUGAAAGCCAGCGCCAGAUUGCACAGUGAUAGCCCUUCAGAAGAGGAGCUAAUUGAAGCGUUCAACGAGUUCCAAUUGGUUUCCUCGCCCGAUGAUGUCCAGAUUGAUAUCGACGUCCCGAGAACCAUCACCAGUCACAUCAUGUUCCGGCGACGGUAUCGCGGAGGCCAACGACUAUUAUUCCGAGUACUCCACGCAAUGUCCUUGUACUUUCCAGACACGGGAUACGUCCAGGGUAUGGCUGCUCUUGCUGCGACUCUCCUCGCCUACUACGACGAAGAACACGCAUUUAUCAUGCUCGUACGACUGUGGCAAUUACGAGGUCUGGAGCGUCUGUACCAGUCCGGCUUUUCAGGCCUCAUGGAGGCCUUGGGGGAUUUUGAACGUGAGUGGCUAGAAAAAGGAGAGGUAGCUGCCAAGCUGAAUGAGCUUGGAAUUCCUCCCACAGCAUACGGCACACGGUGGUAUCUGACCCUUUUCAACUACUCUAUCCCGUUCCCCGCUCAACUCCGCGUCUGGGACGUCUUCAUGCUUCUCGGUGAUGCCGAGGACCUCACGGCACCCGGCUCCUCAGGCAAAGGCAGCAAGAAAGAGGCAUCCACCAGUGCCUUUGGAAACGGACUGGAUGUUCUUCACGCGACCUCCGCCGCCCUGAUUGAUGGCAUGCGCGACAUUAUCCUCGAAUCCGACUUUGAAAACGCCAUGAAAGUCCUCACCAGCUGGGUUCCCAUCAAGGACAUCGAGCUAUUCAUGCGUGUCGCCAAAGCAGAGUGGAAAGUGCACCGUCGGAAAAAGGCCUCUUAG